AUGAAUCCAUCUUCAUCGAAAGGCAAAAAGAAGCAGUCACAACAAGUACAGCAGGAACCAGGUACUGGAUUAAGGUUUCUUGGUGUAAGGAGAAGGCCAUGGGGAAGAUAUGCAGCAGAGAUACGAGACCCUUCAACAAAAGAAAGGCAUUGGCUAGGCACCUUUGACACUGCUGAGGAAGCUGCCUUGGCCUAUGACAGAGCCGCUCGCUCCAUGCGUGGCCCUCGUGCUCGAACGAACUUUGUUUACACUGACAUGCCUGCUGGUUCUUCUGUCACCUCCAUUAUUUCCCCUGAUGACCAACAAUCUCAACAGCAGCAGCAACACCAACAACAUAGCGAUAAUAAUAAAAGCCAGUCUUCAUUAUUCUUCGAUGGACCCCCCUCUCAUGAUCAUCAGCUGGACUCAGCUCCCAUUUUUAACCAGGACUUUAGCUCCCAACGCCAUUUGUCAGACGGGUUUUCUUCAAUGACAUCUGGUGGAGAUUUAUCGAGCUGCUCCAGUAAUAAUACUUAUAAUCAACAACUGCAACAGCAUGUUAUUCAAAACGAUGUGUUUUCUCAUGAUUUUCCCUCUGAUAUAUCUCACAAUUCCGGUUAUAAUAUGGGUCAAUGUGCUUGGACUGAUUCAUCAUCUUCGGGAUUGAUGGGUUUUGAGGAGCAGACAGCAAACAAUAACGGGUUUGAAUCAGUGGGGAGUAGCAGUGGGUCCUAUUUCGGGUUUGAUUCUGGCGAGUACGUGCACAGUCCUCUUUUUAGCAGGAUGCCGCCAGUUUCGGAUAUGGUACCAGAUGGUUUUGAUUUGGACUCCUCUGCUUAUUUCUUUUAA